AUGGCGCCCGUCACCGCGCUCGCGAGCGCCCUGCGCGAGCUCAAGUCGCGGACGAGCGUCGAGGCGGGAGCGUCGGGAAAAUCGCGCGUCUCGCUGCUCCACGACGCGCGCGAGGCGGCGACGAUCGAUCGAGAGACGACGCACGCGGUGGCGGUGCGAGGAUUCGAGGAGCUGUGUCGACGAGAUGGACGAUUCGAGGCGCAUGCGCGAGCGCUGUUCAGUAAGCGCGCGGCGGAGGGACGGCACAGGGAGUUGGAGGACGCGGCGCGACUGGAGGCGACGAGCGCGGAGGUGCGGGCGUACCUGCGAUUGCUGAGUGGAUACUUCACGGAGAGAGCGGCGGGGGCGACGAUCGAGUGGUUGAUUCGAAGGUUUAAGGUGCACGUGUACGACGUGGACGAUCUGAUCGCGUGUGGGUUGCCUUGGCACUCGACGGCGGCGUUCGUGCGGUGCGUGCAGACGUGCCAGUUGGAGAACAGUAAGCACUUCAAGUGGUUGAAUGGGGUGAAGGAGACGGGGGCGCCGCCGCCGCGAGAGGCGUUAGCGGUGAGAUGCUCGAGGGAUAAGGCGUUUUUUACGUUUUGCGCGCAGAGCGCGGCGGAGAUGGCGACGACAAAGGGUAACGUUGGGACGACGUCGGCCUUUUACGCCGUUCUCAUCACGGAGGCACUCGGUUUGAUGCAGGAGGUGGAUGCGAGCGUGACGUCGAGACUACUGCCGUACCUCGAGGCUGGCCUCGCGUCGGCCGCGAACUCAGAGCAGUUCGCCGGUGCGCUCAUGGUGGCCACACAGUUAGCCGCUCGCACGCAAAUGGGAGCGCCUCUUGUCGAAGCCUUACUCGAGGGUAUCGUCAAGGGCACGCGCGUUCCGCUUCACUCGCAGUCGUUGCAGGCAAUGUUGGCGCUUUGCCAAACGCAGCGCGUCCGAGCCCUACCGGAGCGAGCGUUCAAGCACCUCGUGAAGAUCCCUGAGCUCGAGGAGCUCGUUGCUGAUUUGCUCCACAAUUAUCGCGCGGAUGCGUUUUCGCUUCCUCUCAUGCGUUCUCUGGCGGAGUUCGCAGAUGUGCACGCAAACUACGAACGCGUCUUGAGAGCGGUGAUCGAAAAGGUUCCGUUGAGCGGUAAGCACUUCAUCGUGAUCAUACCAAUAUUGCUCGCAACGGCGAAGAAGAGCGAUGAAGCGGGUGAGAUGGUGACAUCGGUGCUGAAACUGGCGGAUCAGCAUCGUCCGUUGGAGACGAGUGAGGCUGUGGAUUUCGUCUUCCGUGGCUCGGCGGCGAGGAAGAGCAAGGAACCAUCACCGGACAGCAGUGCGAAGAAGAAGGAUAAGUUAUUAGCCAGCGUCGAGGACGCUGCGUUCCUGCGCGCAGCCUUGCUGGGCUCGGCGUCUGGGCCGAUGCAGGGGCACGCUACGUCAAUUCACGCCGCGCUUGAUCACCCCAACGCGAGCCUGCGUGAGAGCGCAAUCGUGCAACUCGGCAAACUCGCGGUGGAAUCUCGUGAUGAGAAUGAUGAGCUCCCGUCCGCUCUCUGUCGUGGAUCUGCACUUGGGCCAGCGAUGCUUCGGCGCGUGACCGAUGAUGAUCCUCGCGUCGCCGCGGCAGCAAUGGAACUCGACCCCUUGCGUCAAAUGGUGAACAACGACGGAGCGCUCUUCGCCGCGGCAAAGGCACGAUUGGCCACAGCCAUGACAGUGCUCGUGUCGGGAGGUGCAAACGGUGAGAGCGAACGGCGAGUAGCGAAGAGAGCACUCCGUCUCACACUGGGUGUGCUUUCAAAGUCGGACGAUGGAAGCGCGCCUUCGGCGCUCGCGAGUCGGGCCGCCGCGUUGGCGUACGAACACGCACUCUUUUCAAACGAUCCGGCGCUCCGUAAUGUCACCAAGGCAGCGUUGAACGCCGCGCGAGGGUGCCCGCAUCCUUCUAUGGACGGCGUUCGAUCGGACGAGCUUCGUGGCGUCGCUGAAGAUAGCAAGUCAAACAAGGAUGGCGAUGCGCGUCGGGCGUUCGAGCACAAGUGUAACGAAGCCGUUUUAGCCGCCUUGGGAGAUUCACUUUCUAAGGAAUGGAGCAAAGAUGCAAAUGAGUGUGAUCGUGGGCUUUGGAUUCGAGAGGUGUACAGAGACGCCAAUGCUGUUGGGCGCGCGAAUUUGCUCAUGGCGUGCAAGCAUGCCGUCGAGAAGACGUCGGGAAAAUCCACGGCAAUCGCCGUUGCUCUACGUAAUACUUCGUGGUCCAUAAUUUCUGAUUCGUGGAGUGAAGACGGUGUGAGUGAGUCGCGUGGCAUCGAAAAUGAUGAGAUGUUUGCAGCCAACGCUUCGCCGGAUGCAAAGUUUGCUAGCGCUUUAAACGCGAGCGAGCCCGCGGCGCGCAGAGCUUUGCCCGCAAUUCACAGGUCGCUCUUGCGUGCGACGCUCGAUGGUUUGCCCAGAAAAGGGAGCGAUGAGGCAGAUAAAAUGUUGCCUUCCUGUUUCAGGCACCUGGCUAUGACUGAUGCGGUCGAUAAGCAGACGGGGCGCUCUAUUGAAACCAUGGAUUCGGUGAUUGGUGAGCUGUUGCGACACUUGUUGAGCGCUUGCGACAGAUGCUACGGCGGAGCGGGAUCGAGUGCUUUCCUUGCCUCGCAGUUCGCAAGUGAUCCAGCCUUUGUGGACCCCCGGGUUCAAGUUGCUGCCUUGGAGCUGUGUGCGUCGUGCUCAAAGAUGCCAUCCAUCUCGUCAGUCAUCGUCGCUGCGGCGUCGUCGUCAUCUCCAGUGCGCACCGCUGCAGCUGCACUUUUAUCCGCGUACUCUCGAGAGCAGAACGCGAGCUCAAUUGUCAAAUCCCUGGUGGCUGCCUCGGAUGAAAUCGCGCUCAAGGGCACUGCUGCGUUGUGCCGAGCAGUCGCGGAUGGCGUAAACAAAGCCCGUGCUCCUGGAGACGAAUUGGCCGCGUUCCUCGAGCCGGUGCAGGAGAUAGUGAGCGAACCGAUGCCGUCUAUGGAUGCGUACGGCGCGCGAUGUCUGAUCGCAACGACACGAGGUAUGGGCGAUGUGACGCGCAAGGCAUCGAUUCUGUUGUCCAUUUUAUCGUGGUGUGUGCAAGAAUCUGACGCGUCAACGGCAUCCAAGUCGUCGUUAGCGAUGGAAAUUUUGAACAUAUACACGCCCGAGUAUGCAAAGACGUUCGGUGCGUCCGGCGGCGAGGGAUGGAGAGUUUUGACUCGUUGCAUGGUGACGCCGUCGCCACCAGCUGUUCGUGCGUCGGCGUUCGCUAUCAUUACGCCUGAUUUCGUCGCUGAGCUCAAAUCGAAGCCCAAGGCGGAGCUCCUGUCGAUUUUGUUCUCGGCAGUAAACGCUGAUUCGGACGACGUCUCGAGAAGGGAAGCCCAAAACGCGGUCGAUGCGUUGGUGAUUGACUCGAAAGACGUGGCGAAGACCGUGAACGCCGCUUUGGAAUCAGUGCCUGCAUCGAAGACGCCCGCGAAGAAGAAGGGUAAGACAUCCGGUGAAGACGUAGCGGCUUCUCUUUCUCUCGGAUCGGCGGAGGCCAUGCGUGCGGCUACGGUUGCGCUAGAAGUGCUCGCGUGGAAAAUGGACAAAACGCAACACCUUGACGCGCUCGUUGGGCCGUGUCAACAUUUUUUGGAGGCGUUGAUGAACGACGCUGCUGCUCGCGCUAAAGCGCGCGAAACGGCGGAUGAUGAUUCGGACACGGACUCUUCUGAUGACGCGGAAGCCGGUACCGCUGCGGGUGGCUAUCUCGAAGCGCUUACGCUACGAACAUUGGAGUCGCUGGCCCAAGCGAGGGUGAAAGAUGCGCGUUGGAACGUGCCUCUCAUCAUUCGUGCCGUACGCGAAGUAGACGAAGGCGCCGCUCGAAGCGCAGCUUUGGCGUGCUUAGCAGAGAUUGCUCACGCGGCUCCUGAUGCUGUGCUCGAACACGUGUUCGACGUCGGCUCAGCGUUGUCUGAUCGUGCGGCGACGAGUGACGACGUCUUGUCUCAGCGCGCCCUAGAGAGCGCACUCGUUGCCGUCGUACCGGUAUGGUUGAAGAGCGGUGAGUCGCUGAAGAAUGUGGUUAGUAGACUCGUCGAGUCCCUUCCUCUGGCGCCGGCACGUCGCCGCGCGCCUAUCUGCGCUGCUUUGGUUCAAGCUUCACCUGAAGGUGAGGCGUUGCCCGCUAUCAUAUUGAAUUUGAUCCGACGCUCGAAGUCACUCGAGACGUCUGCGCGAGAGGCUCGAAUGCGCGUUGCUGCUGUUGUGGAUCAGUCCGACGCUCCCAUGGAAGAUGACGCCUGGGUUGAAGAACUGCUUGACACUCUACUUGUUCGCGAGGCACCACUCGGUGCUGUUAGUGCGCUCGUAUCCGCACUCAAGGAAUCCGCAUUGGAAGGAGGACGAUUUGUACGAGCGUGCGCUGACGCCGCCUCGAAGCAUUUGUCGUCGAUGCGUUUUAUUCGCUCGCAAAAAGUGAUCAGUGCAGAAGACACGGCAGAGCUUCAAGAAGGUUACGCGUCGUUAGCGUCGUCUGCUAUCGUAUUGUUGCAAUCAGUGGGCGCGAAGGAAGAUACACCGAAAGACAGGUCGAAAUCGAAGUCUCCUGGAAAGUCUCCAGAGAAGGCCGCAGCCAAGGCGGAGGCAAGCGGGCAGAACCUACUCAGCGCGCUCAAUGGCUUGCUUGCCCCAGGCCCGUUUUUGCGAGCGCUCACGCCACUUCUGGACCACAACGAGGGAAGGGUGCGGCGAAAGGCGCUUGCACUCGUCACCGAGCGCUUGCAGAACGCAAGCGAAGAUGGAGGCGACGAGGACGACGCGGAGACGCAAGCAGGCAUCGCCUUGCUGAGCGAGCUGUCUUCUUUGAUUCAGUCGAAGAGCGUGACGACUUCGCAAGCGGCGUUGAUGGCUUUAGAAGCCGCCGUCGUGCGAUUCAGCCAUGCGCAGGCGGCGACAAACCCAUUACUUUCGGUUGUCCCGGCCGUCAUAGCACAGUUGAGUGUUUCUUCUGCGACGUUGAGAGCUUCUGCGGCUCUUACUUUGGCGACAUUGGUGAAAAUUUUAGGAAUCCGUACUGCGUCAGUCAUCAACACUGCCAUGCCCGCUUUGCUCAAUACGUCAGUCGAAUGUGCGGACGCACUUCGAGAAAAGGAUCUCGACGGAGAGGUGUUUCUUGUCGUGCACUCUUGUCUGGCGGCGAUUCGCAUGUUUGUCAACAACGUGGCUGGUUUCAUAUCUCCAUUCCUUGGGGAUAUCAUCAAGGUCGCUUUACAUCCAUCCAUCGUGCCGAACUGCGGUGACGAUGAAUCGCAGGAAGCUAGCGAGUUGCGAGCGUUACAAGAACUAGCUCUUGCGAUCAGGGGUGAGCUGCCUCAAACCAUCGAGCUUCGCCUUCUGAUACGCCCUCUCGUGGAGUCGUGGGAUAUUUGUUUAACAUGUGGUGGCGAUGAAGGUGCUUCGUCGUGCGCUGCGCUACUUGAAAUAAUCUCCGCCGCUGGAGAUUCCGACAAGGCCACAAACGCUCACAGACAACAGCUAUUUAGCGUCGUUCUUCGGGGUCUCGACGUGCGCCGAGAAGGGCCGGUAGGUGCUUCUGAGAAAGCGCUCGACUACGUCGAGGCAAACGCCGUCUCAGCAUGCGUCACGUUGGCGCUCAAGUGCACCGAGAGCGAAUUCCUUCCGUUUUUCUUACAGUGUGUUGAGUGGGCACGAGCACGCGCUGGCGAAGCAAGCGUCACGCGAACGCGUCUUGCCGCAUUGUUUCGACUCGCCGCGUCGCUCGCCGAUGAACUUCGUGCCGUCUUCGUUCCGUUCUUCCGUCACUUGCUCGAUCUCGCGGCAGUUGCACUUGACAUUGGCGCAGACCCAUCUGAGGGGAAGAAGAAGCGCAAGAGCUCCGGUGCGGAGGCCUUGUCUGAGAACGACAUCUGGCGCAUGCGAAAAUGGACCCUCGCGGCAUUGCGAAGAUGUUUCCAAUACGAUAACGUCGGAUUCCUCGAUUCCAACCGUUACAACAUGCUCUACCCACUCAUCUCCGAGCAGCUCAAGGCGUCGCCGCCGACGGACUCCGAAGAGGACGAUUAUGAUACAUUCAUGCGCGAGGGUUCGUUUGGCGUCGAAGUCGUCGGCGCUUGCGCUUCUCUCCUUUGCGCUGCUCCCGAUGACGCGCAUUGGAAACCCUUGCAUCGCGCCAUUUUGAUGACUGGACGCGAAGAAAAGGUGCGCUCGAGAGUUUUCACCAUACAAGCCAUCGAGCAAAUCGUGGAUAAGUUGCAGGAAGAGUACCUAGCUCUCCUUCCAGAGGCGAUUCCGUUCAUGGCGGAGCUGAUGGAAGAUUUAGAACCAGAGAUUGAGCGCAUGGCGCGAAAGCUCACUAAGAGACUGUCUGAUCUCGCUGGUGAAGAUUUGAAGACGCUCAUGCGCGACGGUUUCAAACCGAAAGCAGAAGGGAAGAAAGAAGCCUCAGAUUCCGAGGAGUCUGAUUCGUACUAG